CGCGUACCCCCUAUGCUACAGCAUACGAGAAACGCCCUUGGUUGGGCCACCUCCUCGAUUGCAAGUCAAAAGUCUCGCAUGUGGUUAAGUAGCUCGGUGGGGAUACGCCCACCCAAGGGAUGGUGACAACUCCCACGGGUGGAGUGACUCAGCCUCAGGCAAAAGCUGCGAAGAACGUGGUGGAGCAGGUGGAAGACGAUGAUGACGAUAAAGAGGAAAAACCGGUAAGGUUGACAAAAAGUCAGAGGAAGGCAAGGAACCAGGCCGCAGGUGGCCAAGGUUCCGGGAAGAAUGCAGGAGUACAAGCCGCUGCUCCGGCCCAAGUAAACGCGAAUCAGGCAAGUACAAGUGGGGCACCACCACAAGGACUAGCGCAGCUUGGACCCUGGCCAGGGGUCAUUUCUUCUGUUUGGCCGGGGUAUACUCCAUAUGGCCCAUGGCCGUUUUACAACCAAGUCGGGCCGGCCGUGGGAGGGUCGACUGCGAAUGCUGCAGGAGGAUACCCCAAUGCGCCAGCUCAAGGAGUGAACUGGCAAGGAGAGGGCCAACAGCAGCAGCAAGCACCCCCGCGUCAAGUCAACCAACCCAGUCAAGCAGGGGGUCAAGGACAAGGUCAAAACCAGGGAGGUAACGGGCAGAGCAGUCAGGGUCGAGGCAAUGGAGGUCGCGGACGGGGUAACGGUAAUGGUGGACAAGGCGGUCAAGGGGGCGGACGCGGAGGCAAUUGGAAUGGGCAAGGCGGGAAUGAUAGACCAAGGUUCGAUUGGAGAAAUGUCAUUUGUCAUCAUUGCGCCCUAAAAGGGCAUACCUUCAGGUUUUGCCAAAUUCGGAAAGUAGAUGAGGAAAAUGGUCUUAUCUCGACAAACAUGGACGGAGAUGUCUAUGAUAUGUAUGGGAAAUAUAUUGACCCUAAGAUUGCAGGUGGUAUGCGUAAGGAGGCACAACGUCGUGUCGAACUAGGUCCACCACCAUCGGCCAUGUUCCGACUUUGGCAAGAGGAAGAUGUCAGGUCAACGAUAAAAGUGGAAGAACUGGCCAAUAGUAAGUCGGAAGAGGACAUCAGGAGGGAAGAGUCAGUCGUGAUAGAAGAGGAGGAGGAAGAAGAAUCGCAUUGCCAGGGAAGGGUCAUAGAUACCAUGGAGCGAAUGGAAGACCUCGUAGAGAAGAUGCAGAGGUUGAAUUUGAAAAUGAGGUCCAUUUGCGACGAGGUGACGAAGUCGAUGGUACUAGGCUCAGAGACGGGGCCAUCAAGUGUUAAACCGGCUCGUCAGACCUUGGGGUCAACCCCGCGAUCUGGCAUUACAUUCCGACCUCCUCGAGGGCAAUCCACAUUCCCGCAAGGAGUAUGCACGAGGAGUAAGAAAGGAGAUCCCAGUAGCAGUCAGGAACCUCCGAGCGAAAGUCAGCCACGAGAGAAGGAGUCAGUUACCGACGUGGGGCACGAAGGCAAGGAGGAUGAGGAAGAUGAGCGGCUAAGGAGAGAAGAGGAAGAGCAAGCUGCUCAACGUGCAAAUAAAGGAAGCUGGAAGAUAGGCCAGAAAGAGCGGCAAAAGGAGAAGGCUCGCGGAAGCAAAAGGUACGUGAAGCGGGCGGAUAUAGUCCUCAAGGACUUCGUGAAGGAGAAUCCUUGGGGAGGAAAGGGGGUUGAGUGGAUGGCAAAGCUUGCAUUGACUGAGACCUUCCAGUUAGGAGAAGAUCCAUUGGCCAUUGAAAGUGGAGCCUACUCACUCGACACGCACGCGAAGUAUGUGGCGGAUGUCAGUUUUCUCGUCAACUCAAUUGUCCAAGUAUACGAGGAUGGAGAAGGGAGUCGAGACCCUGUGAGAGAUAUGGAAGAGGACGAGUUCGAGGAAGGAGAGAUAACGGAGGUUUUUUGCGCAGAUGAGUACGAAGGCGUAUACCAUGAAUUAGGUUUGCUUCUCUCAUGUGAGAUGAGAGAGAGAAAAGCAACUAAGAAGGUACUCAAAAUGCGACCUCGCUUUUUAGUCCGGGAUGGACACCUUUUCAUCAAAAACGAGGUUGGCAACCUGAGGCGGUUAAUCUGUGGUCGAAAUCGUCAAAUAGACGUUAUAGCUGCACUUCAUGAUGGAUCCGCAGGCGGUCACAGAGCAUUUGCCUUGACGUAUGCGAAGGCGCGUGAGCUUUACUAUUGGGAAGGAAUGAGCGAGAUGAUUCGCAAAUACUGCGAGUCGUGCGUUCCAUGUCAAAUAAGGGCGUUGUCGAGCGUAACGGCCCUCGCGUGAAAACGAGGGUCUUCCCGGCCAUGUCAUGCAGGAGUUUACCUAAAAUAUAACUUUAAGAGACAACUCGAAAACGUCGCAUAAUAUUCCGUGAACCGCCGAGACGGACGCGGUUGCUUCGCUCCUUCGCCGCUCUAGCCGGGUGCGCUUGCUAUACAUCCCACGGUCCUCUACGACAGGACAGGUUCCCGCGGGGCAUAAGCUUGCAUCCCUAAGGGGUUGUCACCACCCUUAGGGGCGUAUCCCUACCGAGCUACUGAUCCACGUGCGAAGACUUUUAUAUGCAAUCGCAGAGGUAGAUCAGCCGAGGGCGUUUGCUCGUCUCGCUGCAGUAUAGGAAUUGUUUGACUAAAAGCCGAAUGAACUCGAGCGUCGUUCGUUCCCUGGGGCGCUGAUCUCCCAAGUACGAAGCGUACGCCAGUUGACUAGGACAGUCUCAAUCAAGCGUGAAAACGACC